AGACAAAUUCCUAACUCUCACUUCUGCACGGCGCAAUGAUUGAGACGUUUUCAUGCCACGGGGCUGCGAGACUGCUGGAACGGGGAGCCGAGCUUUCGCUCCUGGCCUGGCAGAUAAGCCAGACAGCCGAACUGUGAGGACAAACAAACUGAUAGCAACAAACUCCUCUCCCGUAUCGGAUCGGGAAGCACCACAGACGCGGGGACCCACCGGAGGAAAAAUGAGGUACUUCUUCGUCUGGUCCCUCUGCGCCUUUCACCUCACCCAGGCAGACACCAUCGAGCUGACGGACAUGUUUGGGGAGAUCCAGUCCCCCAGCUUCCCCGAUGCCUACCCCAGUGACUCGGAGGUGACCUGGAAUAUCUCCGUGCCAGACGGUUUCCGAGUCAAGCUCUACUUCAUGCAUUUCGAUCUUGAAUCAUCGUAUCUUUGCGAAUACGACUAUGUGAAGGUCGAGUCUGAAGACCAGGUCAUGGCUACUUUCUGUGGAAGGGAGACCACCGACACAGAGCUGACGCCGGGGCAGCAGCCCAUCGUGUCCCCCAGUUCGUACAUGAGCGUCACCUUUAAAUCAGACUUCUCCAAUGAGGAACGCUUCACGGGGUUUGAUGCCCAUUUCGCCGCAGUGGACGUGGACGAGUGCUUGGAGAAGAGUGACGAAGAGCUGGCCUGCGACCAUCACUGCCACAACUACAUCGGGGGGUACUACUGCUCCUGCCGGUUCGGCUACAUCCUCCACUCGGACAACAGGACUUGCAAAGUGGAAUGCAGCGACAACCUCUUUGUUCAGAGGAAUGGAGUGAUCAACAGCCCGGACUUUCCCCAUUCCUACCCAAAGAGCUCCGAUUGCUUGUACCGCAUCGAGUUGGAAGAAGGCUUCUUUAUUACCCUGCAGUUUGAGGACAACUUCGACAUUGAAGAUCACCCGGAGGUCACCUGUCCGUAUGACUACAUAAAGAUCAAAGCUGGGCUUCAGGAGUUUGGACCUCUUUGUGGAGAACGAUCUCCAGGCCGUAUCGAGACCCGUAGCAACAGCGUCCAGAUCCUGUUCCACAGUGACAACUCAGGAGAAAAUGGAGGAUGGCGACUCGCUUACACGGCAAUCGGGGACCCAUGCCCACUGCUGGAGCCCCCGCUCAACGGCAAACUCGAGCCUUCCCAGGCAACGUACACCUUCAAGGACCAGGUGGUCAUCAGCUGCAACACGGGAUUCAAGGUCAUCAAGGAUGACGUGGAGAGUGAAACGUUCCAGAUCGAGUGCAUGAAGGACGGCCUGUGGAGCAACAGCGUCCCCACCUGCAAAAUUGCCGACUGCAAGAUGCCGCGCCCACUGGACCACGGCACCGUAACCUUCUCCACGCCGGACAACCUGACCACCUACCAGUCCGAGAUCCAGUAUGUUUGCCAGCAUCCCUACUACCAGAUGGUCCCCAACAUCACAGGUACCUACACCUGUGACGCCAAGGGGAGCUGGAGAAGUGCCGAGCUGGGGACACGCCUUCCCUCCUGUCUUCCAGUGUGCGGGCAGCCGGCCCACCCUCUCCCCACGCUCAUCAAGCGCAUCAUCGGUGGGCGAAACGCAGAGCCGGGCUUCUUCCCCUGGCAAGUGCUGAUCGUAGUCGAAGACACGUCCCGGGUCCCUAAUGACAGAUGGUUCGGCAGCGGAGGCCUCCUCUCCGAGUCCUGGGUGCUGACGGCAGCCCACGUCCUUCGCUCACAGCGCCGGGACAACACCAUCAUCCCCGUCUCCAAGGAACAUGUCACUGUCUACCUGGGCCUUCACAAUGUGAAAAACAAGAUGGAUGCCGUCAACCGGACGGUGGAGAAGAUCAUCCUCCACGAGGCCUUCAACAUCCAGAACUACAACCAUGACAUUGCGUUGGUCAGGCUGAAGGAGAAGGUGACCAUGGGCCCGUACGUCAUGCCGGUGUGUCUGCCGCAGCACGCACACGAACUGGAAGGACCGCAGCCCAACACGCUGGGCCUGGUGGCCGGCUGGGGCAUCUCCAAUCCCAACAUCACCGUGGACGAGGUCAUCAGCUCGGGGAUGCAGAUCCUUUCCGACGUCCUGCAGUACGUCAAGCUGCCGGUGGUGCUCCACUCGGAGUGCAAGAGGAGCUACGAGUCGCGCUCGGGGAACUACAGCGUGACCGAAAACAUGUUCUGCGCGGGCUAUUACGAAGGCGGAAAGGACACCUGCCUCGGAGACAGCGGGGGAGCGUUCGUCAUCCAGGACCCCGGCAGCCGGAGGUGGGUGGCCCAGGGACUCGUCUCGUGGGGAGGGCCGGAAGAGUGCGGGAGCAAGCAGGUCUACGGCGUGUACACCAAGGUCUCCAACUACGUGGACUGGCUGCAAGAGAAAAGUGGGUGGACUUUCAUGGGCACGGCUGUGGGCAGAUGAGCGGAGCCAGCAAGGACUGGGGGCCUGUCGCCAGCACGGCCUCGGAGCUCGGGGGUGUCCGUGAUAUUUUGAAGGCUGCGAUGGACUGUGCGCUUUUGUCCACUCACCGGAUGUUUACACUUGUUAUUUCCUGGCGGGAGGAGGGCCCAGGUAACUUCUGUGUACACAGUGCUUCUGUUAUGGGAAUAUCUCAUUUUUGCCAAUUGCGGAAUCUGCCGUUGCCACCAGCGCCGCUCCACUCCAGGCCCAACGCGUCCAUCCGCGACUGGGAGUGCCACACGGAACGUGGCUGAGUGAGCAUCAUAGGCUGAGUAGUCCCUCACCCUGCCCUUCCACUGAACGGUGUCCAAGGAAUCAUUCGCCCUGCAGAUCUGUUCCCCAGCCUCCCGGGGCCAUGAAAGGAGUGCCUGUUUCCUGAUGAGACCUCAAGAGACGCAGCUUAGGUGGAUCACAGCAGGCUGGGGCGACUAAUUUGGAUAUGCUUCCCUUGCUGAUUGGUGAAUGCAGAUUCAGAAUUAGGCGCUGCAAACUGCGAGAUAGCUUGGUUUGUUCCAGGCCCAUCGGUGGGAGGAGAAACUCUCCCAUAAGCCCUUCCAACAUGUUGCCCAUGGCUCCCUUCCCCCUUUCCUACCCUGGACGCUGUGGGGCAGUGGGGCAGGGCCAAGGGGGACUUCUUGCCUGCAUUCCCAAAACCUGCUGGGAUGCUGCUUGGGCAUCUUGCCCAGUACUGGGGUCCCUGGGAAAUGGAGUUUUCCCAGCACACUGGACAUCUUCGUAUGCAGCUGUGUCCUUGCCAUGUCCACUUUUUAUGUUUUCAGGCUCUGCCUUUAACAAGCAUAGGUGUGCACCUAAAAUAUGUCAUAUAUGUCCCUUAUAGGUACUUUGUUUGAUCUGUCCUGACAGUGGGCAUUGCAUUAAACAUUUAAUGACCCCCCCCCGUACACACGCAUACACACACACACAGAGAGAGUGCAUCUGGUCUAUUCUAGUGGCCUCUUUAAUUACAAAGGAAAACUCCUUUUUUAAUUACUCAAUUACAACUCUCUCCCCUUGAAAGAAAUCAUUAACUUGUCAGGUUAUCAAAUGAAAAAUCUGCACCAAAAGUUUGACUUUUUUAGUGAGUAGUGAGUUUCCUGGAAGGAUUUGGUACCAAACACUCAGUAUUCCCAACCAUACCCUUCCAAAUAUUGAGGGUUCCCUCUUCAAUUCACAAUAAACACAACUCAAGUUGUACUCCGUCCAGAGCAUGUUCCACCAAUCUUUGCAAAUUUGUGGGUUCCAGCUUCCUGCCAUUAUCCACUUCUGGUUCAUGACGCAAAUUUUAAUGUCACGUUGCCACCAUCUUCCCCCCCUUCCCUUGCCCAAGAUAAAUAUAUGUCCCAACUAGAAGGAGAAACAUAUGUGUUUCUUGUAUAGGAAAAAAUUACUUUGAAUUUUGUGCUUCCUUAUCCUGUACCUCAUUGCUUAAAGCAGACUUUUUCAAUCUCAUAUGCUCCAGAUGUUUCGGACUGCCACUCCCAUGGGACAGAACAUCUGUGUUGCAUGCAGUGGCCCCAGGUUGGACCCCUAGCAUUUCCAGUUAAGGUGGGAAAAACGCUGGAGAGCCAUUGCUGCCAGUCUGUGUAGACAACACUGGCUAUAUGGCCCAUGGGUAUGACUUCUGAUGUACCUACUACAGCAGCUUCCUAACACUUUCAAUUCCGAUGCAUGAAAGAGCAUAACUCAAAAACAUGUCUAUUUUAUCCUAACAGACCUUGGUCCCACGAAAAAUAACUAACCCUCCCUGGUAUGGAUGUUUGCAUCAUAGAAGCUGAGAAACAGAGCAAGGCAGAAGGGGUCUCCGAGGCCAUCUAGUCUGACCCCCGGUUGCAGCCGGCUCCGUUCAUGUCAUCCCCAGCAUAAGGCAGAGGGGCCCUGUACCUUUUGCGUAAACCUCAGAAACACUCCCAGUUCUGAUAAGCAUUUAAAAACAUACCAAUAAAAGGAUCGGGGUUUUCCGCAUGGUCCAUCAGGCCAAAACCUGGAGUUUUUUCUCCUUGGUUCCUCCCUCAUCCAUUACGGUUCUGCUUCAGAGGGUAGCAGUCAGGAAAUCAGGCACUGAAAUAAUCCAAAGAACGUGUUGGCAUAAUGCAUGCUUAGAAGACUCUGUUACAUAUUUAAGAUAUAUUAUGCUAUUUGUUAUGGGUCUUGUACUCCAUUUUGUAGUAUUCCUAAUAUUUGUAUUAUAAUCUUUAGAGAGAAAGGAAUAAAAUUAUUGUGU